AUGGAUGCGCCGUCCCCGCAGCCGGCAAAAGCCGCAGCAGGCCUGCUGCCCCCGGCCAGGACCACGCGGCAGUCGGCGCCGGGGCGCGCUCCGCCGGCCAACCGGACGAGCCGCCGCCGACCCGAUGCCGUCAUCGCCGACGAAACCGCGCGGGAGCUGCAGGCCACCUGCCAACGCCCGAAGGCGCCGGCAUCGACCGAGCCUGUCGCCGGCCGCACAGAGCCCCACCGCCGCGCCGCCGUCGUCACCCCGGCCAGAUCUGGCGGGGCGAUCGGAGCUGGCGACGCCAUCGCCGGAGCCGCGCGGAGCCCUUCCGCAGCGCUGCCGACGCCGCAGAGAGCCCCACCACCACGCCGUCAACGCGACCUCACCAUCCCGCCGCCGCGACCUCGCCGCCCAGCCGCCAUUGUCGCCAUGCCUACGCCGGGGCGAGAUGGAGCCAAGAGAGAUGGCCCCGCCGCCGCCAUCCCAGCGCGUCGCCCGGAAUUGCCGGCGGCGAAGCAGGGAGGAGGGGAGAGGGGCGGCGACGGCUAG